AGACUCAAGACUCGAUCGAGAGGGGUUUAGGCUUUGAACUUUGAAGUUGAGAGUUAGGAUCAGAGCUCAGGAAAGGAGAGAGUGGCGCCGCCGAAGGAGGUGGUGGGUUUUGAUUGUAUUAGUUAAUAUGUGGUUCAGCAAUGUUGGAGCUAGAUUCAAUGGCAGUGCCGGCGCCGGUGCCAGUGCUUUCGUCAGAUAUUUCUCGAGAAAACGCGCCGAGAAUGUGAGAAAGAUCAAUCCAAGGGUGAGUCCUCAAGAGGCUUCUACCAUUGCUCGCAAUCUAUACGAUGUCAUCAAGGAACACGGCCCCCUUACCGUCCCCAGUGCUUGGGUUCACGCCAAGGAUUCUGGCGUUGGCGGAUUGAGUAGCAAAACACACAUGAAGUUGCUACUGAAAUGGAUGAGGGGAAGGAAAAUGCUAAGGCUGUGGAGCAGUGGGGUUGGCUCCAGCAAGAAAUUCCUGCUCUCUACUUUACCUGAAGAUCCGAAAGUUACGCAAAUAAGGAGCGAAAUGGAAGUGAAAGUGCAAUCCAAAAAGCCUUCUUCGAGUAAAGGGAAAAAGAAAACCAGAUAAAAAUUUGAAUCUGGGACUUGCUGCGUUGCCUUUACAAUAUUAGGACAUGGCUGAUACAUAUUACAUGGAGCGUCGAAGAUUUGUUGAUUGUCAUGUUAAGUUCAAUAUUAUAUCAUAUGAUGAGCCAAAGACUUUGGAUCAUCAAAAUAAUAUGUUGUUUUAGAUUCCAACAUAUGAUUGGAGAUUCAAGUUUUUGUGUGAUUGGCAAUUUUGUAGUCCUUCCCAAAAUGGAUGCCAACCAGUGUCUUUUUUC